AUGCCAAUUCGCGGCGAACGCGGUGCGACGCUCCGGCGCGGGCGCACGAUGGUGCGCACCGACAGAACCCAAGCGGCGGAGCCCAUGAUUAAGAAGGAGAAGCGCCAAAUGACGCCCUGGGUCAUUUACUCUAAAAUCAUCACUUUCUGGGCGCCUGCAAUCCUUCUCACAAAGCUCGGUGGCAUGCCCGAGGCCGGCAUGCAGCAGGCGUGGCGCGAGAAGAUUGCGCUGGUGUCGCUCAUUAUAUUAGUGUGCGGAAUUGUCGUGUACCUGACCAUCUUUUUGACAAUGACUUUUUGCCCGGAGAGCGUGUCCAAGACGCAGAGUAACAUCUUCCAGGUCAACAGCACGGAUAAGACGGCCGGCGUUAUUGGAGCAACCUGGCGCGGAUCCAUCGAUUUCAGUAUUACAGCCGGAAUGGACAUGACACCGUAUUUCUCUGUUCCGCUUCCCAAUGAGUGCAUGUCAGACAAGAUCAAAGAGUUCCGUGCAUCUCAAUACGACGUUUGCUCGGGCGACAACGGCAGCGGGAAUUGCCCGCUGGGCAACGUGGAUAAUGGAAUCGAAAACAACAAUCUGAAGAGCUUGGACGACCGUCCCAUCGGCUAUGACUGGUCCGAUGUUGGAUCCGGGUACUUUGUCAUCAACGGAAACGUGCUCAAUUUGACACCGUAUCUGAUGUCGGUUGGUAGGGAGGCCUCGGGUGAUAUGCUCGACGAGGCCAUCUUUGCGGCGGCCAACAAUGGCCUUGUUGAUGCCAGCCUUUUGUUCCAGCGCACCGCCAAAAUGAAGGCUGCCACCGUCUGCCUGAUCGCCCGGUUUGGCGCCGGACAGCUGGCGAAGGACACGCCCGGAUGCUUUGCUGUCAAUCUGUUCAACUACAUCGCGCUGAUCAUUAUCGGUGGCAUCGUUCUUUCGCGCUUUAUCAUGGCGGUUAUCUUCCAGUAUUUCUUGUCGUGGCAGCUGGUCCGCCGCCCCCCUCGCAGCAAGGUACGGCCGCUGUCAUACAAUGCAGCCGCACCCUGGGCCGGAAAGAAGCCCCAGACCGGCGCCGCCGCUGGAAAGAUUGGCAAGGGUGACGACGACGAGCUGUACACGAUCAUGCUUGUGACAUGCUACUCCGAGGGCGAGGAGUCUAUCCGCGGCACCUGCGACUCACUUUGCGGCACCACCUUUAGCGACUCGCACAAGCUUCUGUUUAUUGUGGCAGAUGGUAUCAUCAAGGGAUCGGGAAACGACCGCUCGACCCCCGACAUUUGUAUCGAUCUCAUCGAGCAAGAGGAGUCCUUCCGCGACCCGCAGCCGUGCUCAUAUCUUGCUGUUGCCGCAGGCUCCAAGCAGCACAAUAUGGCGAAGGUAUACUGCGGGCACUAUGUUGUGGGCGAGCACCGCACGCCCUGCCUAAUUGACGCGGCCAAGCCCGGUAACCGCGGUAAGCGCGAUUCACAGAUGAUCCUGAUGAACUUUUUCUCAAACGUCGUCCACAACGAGCGCAUGGUGCCACUGGAGUACGACCUGUUCCGCAAAGUGCACUUUUUGAUGAACGUGACUCCUGACCUGUUUGAGAUCGUGCUGAUGGUCGACGCCGACACCAAGGUGUACGAGGACUCGCUGCGGCUUUUGGUCAACUGCAUGAACAACGACCAGCUCAUCAUGGGCCUGUGCGGCGAGACCAAGAUCGCCAACAAGCGCGAUUCGUGGGUGACAGCCAUCCAGGUUUUCGAGUACUACAUCUCACAUCACUUGAGCAAGGCCUUCGAGUCUGUGUUUGGCGGUGUCACUUGUCUCCCAGGCUGCUUCUGCAUGUACCGCAUCAAAGUGCGCAAGGGCGACGACUGGGUGCCGAUUCUGGCCAAGCCGGACAUUUGCCAGGAGUACUCGCAGAACGUCGAUCGCUUCCUGUCCACGCUUAUGCUGCGUAACUUCCCGCGACGCAAGAUGAUGUUCAUGCCUCAGGCCAUCUGUAAGACUGUGGUUCCCGACGAGUUCAAGGUACUCCUGUCGCAGCGCCGCCGGUGGAUCAACUCGACUGUGCACAACCUGCUCGAGCUGGUGCUGGUGCGCAACCUCUGCGGCACUUUCUGCCUGUCCAUGCAGUUCUCCAUUUUCCUAGAUCUCGUCGGAACUGUUUCUCUGCCCGUUGCCAUCGUGCUGACAUACAUUCUGAUUGUGCGCGCGUGUAUGACUACAUACAACUCAGUCUCUGCGUACCUGCCUCUCGCGAUGCUUAUCUGCAUUUUGUUCCUGCCCGCCGUGUUGAUUUUUAUUACUACGCGCAAGUGGGUCUACGUCGCGUGGAUGUUUGUGUACCUGCUAGCACUGCCGAUCUGGAAUUUCGUGCUGCCGACCUACGCAUACUGGCACUUUGAUGACUUUUCGUGGGGCGAGACGCGCAAGGUCGCCGGCGAAGGCAAGGACAAGGGCCACGGCGAUUCUGGAGGCACCUUUGACCCCAAGGUCGUGCCACGUAAGCGCUGGGAGGAGUACGAGCGCAAGCGCAGACGCUCGAUCAAGCGCAAGGAGCGUGAUAGACACGCCGACGACUCUGCCUCUGGCACGCUGGCUGGCUCCUACGGCCACUACCCCCAGCAGGGCCAGCAGUACGAGAUGCAGAACUACUCGCAGUCUCACGACAACAGCGGCUACUACGCCCAGGAGCAAGGCCAGUAUGGCGAUGGCGCCUACGAUGAAUACUCGGCACAGCAGCAGGGCGGUGCACAGCAGCAGGGCGGUGCACAGUAUGGCAACUACGACGGCUAUGCUGACCAGUACCAGCAGCAGCAGCCGCAGCAGCAACAACCACAGCAACCGGCACGGCAGCACCCUGGUGGUCCCCGUGACUAUCGCUAG